CCUUUCGACGUGACGAACGCGCACGGCCAGUUCCGGAUCGUCGCCAAGAUACGCGGCGGAGGAGUUGUUAGCCAGGCCGGAGCGCUGCGUCACGGCAUCGCCCGAGCGCUCCAGGUAGCCGACCCCGCUCUGCGGAGACCGCUCAAGAGGGCCGGCCUUCUCACACGAGACGCCCGCGAAAAGGAACGCAAGAAGUACGGUCUCGCACGAGCGCGCAAGGCCAAGCAGUGGACAAAGCGGUAG